AAAACAUAAUAUUCUGAAAAUUUUACUGUUAAUGAAAAGGUUAUCUUAGAGGGACUGUCAUUUAAAUUUUGAGUGAGUGUCCAUUUAAAAAGUGCAUGGACGUUUCACAGUGGUACCCCUGAAACCUUGAUCUAAUUAAUAAUUGGAAGAUAGAGUCAUUUACUUAGAUUGAAAAGUGUUUAGUUUUGAUAACAAAUGUCAAAUGCCCAAUUAACUUUCGUAUAGAAACCAGAAAUGAAAAUAAUCAGUUAUUGAAAUCUAAUUCAUACUUAAUUAAAGAAAGCUUUUAAGGGUAGUGUUUUUAAUCCGAUAUACCACCUUCAAUGGAGGGUCACUUGAAUAAGUGUUACUGACCUUUAAUGGUAUUUGUCAACAUAAAUAAAGAGUGUCAUUUAUAGGGUCAUUUACUGUCAUGAAAGCCAAGCAAAAAUGAGUUAAUUUUCCAUUAUAUCCCUUAAAAGAUCUCUUUAUUUAUUACGUUUCAAUUUCUACUUUUAACUUUUAAGUUUUGAUUUUCGAUUCAUUCUUUAAUUAAUUUUUAUAAACUGGAAAUGUUUCAGGAACUGAAUUGGAGACAAAUGGAACAUGUCAGUUGUUGGAUAAAUGUUCUUGAAGGACUUUCAGCAUUCAUUUUUACUUCUUUUUUUCACUUUUUAUCUUUUCUCUAUUUAUGUUUUAUUGUAAUAACCCUGUUUCUAAAACAAAAAUGUGUUCUGGCUUUUAAUUAUUAAAAAACCCAAAAUGUUAAUAUGUAAACCAAAAAGCACACACAACUCAAGGAUGAUCAUUCUAGGUAAAAACAUGGAAAAAGCUUACUCCAGCAGAAACCAGUUCCAAGCGUUAAAAACAUUAUAUAAUUAAAAGGGUUUUUUUUGGAAAAAUUAUUAUCUUUUACAAGGUUAUAAAAUUAAAUGCUGAAGAGUUCUGUGGAAUGAUAAGAGGUGUUUCAGUCUACCGUAACAUCCAGAGAUGAUUUCAAGGAUGCUCGAGGGGAGGAAAACUUAAGCUGCCUUAUUUUCCAGAAGAAAUUCUGAGUUGAAGCAUUUUUCGAAAUGUCUUCUUUAGAUAAAUAAUAUACUAAGGCUUAAGUGGGACCAAUCCAAGUGGUGCGGAAAACCGUCACAUCUCUGUCAAAACACAGAACGUUUAAGGAAAAAUGAUAAAACAUCAUAUAAAACCAAUUACACAAAGAUGAUAAAAGUGAUAUAUAAAUUAAACAGAAAACAGGACGGUUGUCAAGGGGAAAAUGCUUUCAAAAUAGAAAUUCGAGCAAGAAGACUUUAAACAUGGAGAAAAUAUAAAAGAAAAUGAAAAUAAAACCAGAAACCAAAGAAAAACUUAAUUCAGCGAACACAGAAAACGAUGGAUGAAGAAAAUGUUGGGAAAAGUGUUAUAAAUUAAAUGCUUAAGAUAAAUUGUGAUAUGAAAUAUAGUUGCAACUGAUAUUUGUAAAUAACAUAAUGCAAGGAAAUAAUGAAUAAUUUUUUCAGAUAAUGGGGAAACCUUGCAAAUUCUUUUUACAAGGUUUGUGCAAAAAUGGACGUAAUUGUCAGUUCUUCCAUCAAGAGGUCCGCAGGGACAGUUAUGGUAUGCUAACUAAAACAAUCCCAACCGAUCAAGAGAGGGAAAACAUACCAUAUAGAUACAAGGAAGCAAGUUCUAGGCCGGAUACAACUAGCUAUGGAUACGGAAACAACACGAGGGAAAGGGAAUCCUGGAAACCGAGGGACGGAUCGGGGGAACAGAGUAACACUAUUGGAGACAGAAGAUCUCAGAGGAUAAAAAGAGACACAUGGAUAACAAGAGAGGAAUCAACAAGAAGUAAAGGAUCAAUCAAAGAUUCACAGAGAUACAUUCAGUUUAAAUCAUUAUUAAAUGAUGGCAAUUAAAAAGGAAAACGGACGAUGAAUGGAGCAAAUCCUCAAGGUACUCAAAAGAGUAUAAAGACCAUUCUAGGAGUUCUUCAAACAAUCGGGAAGAAACCUUGAGCUCAAAGAACGAUCGCAACGAUCAAGAAGAUUGGAAAAAAAGCGUAACAAGAAAGAAUACUGGAGGAGAAACCUGGAUCCCAAAGAAUGAUGGCAACGAUCAAGAAGAUCGGAAAAGGUGCGUAAUUAAAAAGAAUGCUGGAGGAGAAACUGAAGUAUACCGAACAAAUCUUAAAAGAUCAGGAGAGAAAGAAAAACGAUCACCAAUGGAAUCGCCAGAGAUCUUAGAAAUAAAGGAGAAUGAGAACCAGGAAGAACAAAAGAAGAUAACUUGGAAAGAUCAAAACCAAGAGAAGAAAACGAUAGAAAAGAAGGGAAACAAGAAAGGAAAUGGAAGUAGCAUAGUAGAAAGAGCAACAGAAACAAUGCUGGAAAAAACUAUAAAAACAGAUAGAUUUUCCUCUUCUGGUUCCGAUACGCAAGAAAACGAGAAGAGAAACAAGGGAACUAUAAAUUGUAUCUGCCUGUACCAAACCUACGACCCGGACAUGGUUAAAUGUAUCAGCUGCGGAGAAUUCUCUCAUGGGACAUGUUAUAGAGCUAAAGUUAGUGAUAAAUUUGAAUGCGCUGGAUGCUCAAUAAAACAAGGGAGAGAGUGUGGAACACACGAGAUCGAUUCCUACUAUAAAAAGAAACACCGAUCCCAUAAAGACAAACAUGAUUUUGUAUUUCAAUUGAAUAGAAGAAGAGUGCUGAAAUCAAUCCUGAACCAGGAAUUUAUCAACUGCCAACCAGGAAAAGAACCAUCAACGGAGUUCAUGAAAAUUCGAUUUGGUUUCUCAAGCUCAUAUGCAGCAAAAAUAACUCUCGACCUUGUAAAGUGUGGAUUAAUAAACAUUUUUGGAGGAUUUAGUUUUGACGGAGGUAAAAUUAUUGAGGAACUCGGAUUACAUGAUGAUCUUAGUGAAGAUCUAAGUGAAGGUGAAAUACAGAGAGAAACUGAUAAUCUAUCAUUUGAAGUCGGAGCAUUGUUCAAUACAGAAAUUAUUCAAGAACUGGAAAAAUUAAACCCAUCAACUAAAAGAGCAAGGAGUAAAUCUCCUUCAGAUGUACAGUAUGGGAAAAAGUCAAAGAUAGAAAAACCCAAGAAUACCAUGAAUAAACCGGUUGGAACAAACAGUGUCCAAGAAGAAAGAAAUCAAACCCUAGUGAUCAAUACUGAUAUUUCAAUUAUUAGCUCCCCCAGUAACUCAGAUAUGGAAAAUGAGAAGGAGGAAAGACCGGAGAAGAAGAAUGAGAAAAGAGAGAACAGUAAAGAUUCACAGAUAUCUCAAGAUUAUCAAGAAGAGGGGGAAAAAGAUGAAAAUUCCAAGGUUGAUCAAAAGAUAAGAAAAGAUCGGGAAAACAGGAAAUAUAAAAUUAAAUAUUCUUGGCCAACAAGAUUUAUAAACAAUGAAUCUAGAGAUGCUGGAAAAGAUAUUCCAGUAAGUGUUGCUACUCUAGGGAAGAGAACAUCUAAACCUGUGUACGGACAAAUCACGGACAUUACAGAACCCAGACAGAAUACAAACGAUCCUAGUAAAUGGAAUCUUCAUUUUAUCCUAGGAAUGGAUGGUCAGUUGACGCAAUGUUGGAUCUUUGGUACUGAAACCGAAAUCAAAGAAAUGAGCAAAGGUUUGGAGGUAGAAGAGUACUAUCUAUUCUGGGGAGAUUUUACUAUAAAAGAUAAAUACUCCUCAAAAUUUAAACACACGAAUGACUGGGCAAUGUACAUUCAAGGAGCAAGUAAUAAAUUCGGGAGAAUAAAAAGAACAAGAGUGUAUCUAGAAUCAGAAGACUCAAAAUCGGAAGAAAGAGAAAAGUUUGCUGAAAAGUUUCAACCCGCACCAAGAAAAGGGAAGGUUCUAAAGAAGAAAAAAGAACACGAUGCACGGAUGAAAGAAAAAUUGGAAACAAAUCAGCGAAAGAUUACAGCAUUCGGUGUCACUACACGAUCAAGAUCGAGAAAUUCGGGAACAUCAGAAGAAGAUAUCAGGAGAUCUCCAAAAAGUGAUGAAAAAGAGGAACGUGACGACUGAAAAGCUCAGUUUUUUAUAUACAUUUUUUAAACGGAAAAAACAAAAAAUUCCAUAUUACCGUGCA